AUGUUCGCCGCCACAUUCGCCAGACGGGCAAGGCUCCUACACGCCAGUUCACCGGUCUUCAAGAAAAGGAAGGCAGCCGAGUCUGAUGACCUAUUCGACGAAUUCGAAAUCGUAGACGAGUCGCUUCAAAAGUCGUCGGAGGCCAUUCCAGGAUCCCAGGCCUCCUCCGGCGCUUCUUCUUCUUCUUCGACGACCACCGGGGGUGUCAGGCGCAAGCUCUCAGCUGAAGAACGGGCUGCCAAGUUCUCUGAAAUCGUCGCUCAUAUGAAGCCCCGACUAGGACGUAAGCCGCAGGUGAAGGAAGCUGUUCGGAAUUCGCAUUGGUUGCAGCUUUUGCAGUUGGCGACGACUGAAGAGCAGCUGAAGGAGGUUGUUGAGCUAUUGCCGCAAUGGAAGGAGUCUGGGAGGGAUUUUGAGUUUGGGUUUGCUGCGGCUUUCGUUCGUCGCUGUCAAGAGUUGAAAUCCCAACAUUUGGCACUGGAAGUAUUUGGCGAUUUUGCCAAAUUCAACGUACCGCUCGAUAUCGUCGCCGCCCGGCAACUACUGCACUCUCUGGUCAUCACCCACCCCAUCCACGACGUCAUGACCGCGUCGGCGUUCUACAACCUCUACGGCCUCCCGCCAGCAUCGCAGGAUUUGGUCUCGUGCUCCAUCAUCGUCGACGCGUGCCUCCGCCACAACACCCCCGAAUCCAACGCGAUCGCCGACGCGCUGCUCCCGCAUCUCCGCGAGCUCAAGUCCAAGACGCCCGUCAACGUUAAGGACACCUACCACAGGGAGAACGUCUGGGUCAAGGCCGCCGUCGAUGACAUUAACCGCAUCCUCCAGAAGAAGAAGCAGGAGGAUCUCGGACCCCUACUCACUGCAUAG